AUGUCUACUUCAAACACUACAAUUCAAGAAACUCGUCAUUGCACUCGUUGUAAAAAGGACAAACCAAUUAGUGAAUUCACAAGGCAAAGUGGAAAAAUUACUGAUAUGCCAUCUAUUCCUUUAAAUAUUGCUGAUACACCAUCUAUUUCUUUAGAUAUUGCUGAUUCACCAUCCAUUCCUUUAGAUAUCAUUCAUACACCAUCUCUUCAUUUGGAUACUGAAA